CUUGUAACAUUGUCGUUUUUAGUUCCUCCGUCACCAAAUUCCUAUUUUGUUUCUUCUUCUUCGUUUCUUUAAAACCCUUUGAGAAUCCCUGGAGAGCAAAAUCUAAGGGAUGGAAUCAACGAAUUGUUCCCACGAGGAGCUGAUUAGUCGACUCAUUGACUCCGUCAAAGAAAUUUCUGGGUUUUCGUCUUCUAGGGGCUUCAUCGGGAGGAUCCAAGGCGAUCUUGUUCGUAGGAUCACGCUUCUCAGCCCUUUCUUCGAGGAAUUGAUUGACGUCAAUGUAGAAUUGAAGGACGAUCAAAUAUCUGGGUUUGAGGUUAUGGGAAACGCUCUUGAUUCAAGUCUUGAGCUAUUUCGAUCGGUCAAUGGAGGAAGCAAGCUUUUUCGGAUUUUCGAUAGGGGUUCUGUUGUGCAGAAGUUCCGCGACAUGACAGUGGAGAUAGAAGCAGCGUUAAGUCGGAUUCCUUAUGAUAAGAUUGAGGUAUCGGAUGAAGUCAGAGAACAGGUACAGCUUCUGCAUUUUCAAUUUAAGAGAGCAAAAGAAAGGGGGGAGGAGUCUGAUCUGCAGCUUAGCCAUGAUUUAGCCAUUGCAGAGAAAGUGAUGGAUCCUGACCCUAAAAUCCUCAAAAGACUAGCACAAGAGCUCCAACUCAGUACCAUUGAUGAGCUGAAGAAAGAAUCGCAUGCAAUACAUGAAUAUUUUCUUUCAUAUGAUGGGGAUCCUGAUUACUGUUUUCAAAAGAUGUCCUCACUUCUUAAAAAGCUGGUAGACUGUGCAACUAUGGAAAGUUCAGAACCCGAUACAUCUACCGGCAACCGAAUCAUUUCGAGACAUCGUUCUCCUGUUAUACCAGAGUAUUUUCGUUGUCCAAUAUCACUUGAACUGAUGAAAGAUCCUGUUAUCGUCUCCACUGGCCAGACAUAUGAAAGAUCAUCCAUUCAGAAGUGGCUUGAUGCUGGUCAUAAAACCUGUCCGAAAUCUCAGGAGACACUGUUGCAUGCUGGAUUAACCCCUAAUUACGUGUUAAAGAGUCUUAUUGGUCUGUGGUGUGAAAGCAACGGCAUUGAGUUACCGCAAAAUCAAGGUAGCUGUAGAACCACAAAACUAGGAGGAAGCAGCUCUUCAGAUUGUGAUCGAGCAUUUGUCCUUUCCUUGUUGGAGAAAUUGGACAAGGGUACUACAGAACAGCAAAGAGCUGCAGCUGGAGAAUUACGGUUACUAGCCAAGAGGAAUGUGGAUAACAGAGUGUGUAUCGCUGAAUCUGGAGCCAUACCACUCCUUGUAGAGCGUCUAUCCUCACCAGAUCCUCGAACACAAGAACAUUCUGUGACGGCUCUUCUCAAUCUUUCUAUAAAUGAGGGGAACAAAGGAGCCAUCGUUGAUGCAGGAGCCAUAACGGAUAUAGUAGAAGUACUUAGAAAUGGAAGCAUGGAGGCUAGAGAGAACGCAGCUGCAACCCUUUUCAGUUUAUCUGUCAUAGAUGAAAACAAAGUGGCAAUAGGUGCUGCUGGAGCUAUCCAAGCCCUUAUAAGCUUGCUUGAGGAAGGAACCCGAAGAGGCAAAAAAGAUGCUGCAACAGCGAUUUUCAAUUUAUGCAUAUACCAGGGGAACAAAUCAAGGGCGGUUAAAGGCGGUCUCGUUGGUCCUCUGACCAGAUUACUGAAAGAUGCAGGUGGUGGAAUGGUGGAUGAGGCUCUAGCCAUUCUGGCUAUUCUUUCGACAAACCAAGAAGGGAAAGCAGCGAUAGCUGAAGCAGAUUCAAUCCCGGUGUUGGUUGAUAUUAUUAGGACAGGGUCACCGAGAAACCGAGAAAAUGCUGCAGCAAUACUGUGGUAUCUAUGUAUUGGGAAUAUGGAGAGGCUAAAUGUAGCGAGAGAGGUUGGUGCAGAUAUUGCCUUGAAGGAACUUACUGAGAAUGGAACUGAUAGAGCAAAGAGGAAAGCUGCGAGCUUGUUGGACCUCAUUCAGCAAAUCGAAGGUGUUGCAGUAUCCACUGUACCAUGAAAGCGUCGCUCUUGUGGAAUGUUGUUACAUUUGUUUCAGUGUAGAUUAUGUGUAUAGGUAACUUUUGAUUAAGUCUGACAAAAUAAUCUUAUGUGUAAUAUUUUGACUCAGAUUUGUUUAUAAUCUUAUUUGAUAUCUUUUUAUAAA